AUGCCUGGCCGCGGUAAGGGUGGAAAAGGUUUGGGAAAAGGAGGUGCGAAGCGUCAUAGAAAAGUACUAUAUGACAAUGUUCAAGGAAUCACCAAACCAGCGAUACGUCGUCUAGCCCGUCGUGGCGGUGUGAAACGUAUAUCUGGCCAAAUGUAUGAGGAGAUCCGUAGUAGCUUGAAGACGUACCUUGAAAGUGUGUUUCAUGACGCUAUUACGUAUACGGAAUUCGCUAAGCGCCGUACUGUAACAAAUCUAGAUGUAAUUUACGCUUUGAAACAUAGAGGCCAGUGUCUCUAUGGCUUUGGUGGUUAA